AUGGCCAUCUCAGUAGAGGCCACCGUUGGCCUCAUUGCCCUCUUCAUCGCCCUUCUACAAACCGUAUUCGCCAUUGCCCAGACCCUAUUUGCCUUCCUUCAAUGGAUGAGCCGCAAGAACGACCUCACCCCUGCCUCGACACGCAAGCCCCCAAGACAUCUGACUUGGCUCUCGCAUCAACACAUUCAUCUCGCGAUGAGUUCUGCUGACAGCGAACUAGUUGAUCAUUCCGCUGGCAGCCGCAUCACAAAGAUCGUUCAGAAUCGUAUUUUGAUGCCCUCUACGCCCGACAGUCGUCGCAUUCGGCCUCGCAACACCGAAGGCACUUCUCAGAUCCCCUGGGCGGCCCAGCCCGGAAGACAGCUUCUCGAUUGCGGCAAGGAGGUGACCUGGCACCUGUCCGUCACGAACGGCGCCAUGGCAGAUGGAGGAAACAGCUGGACUUCAGCCCCUGCUUUUAUACCAACGGUCUAA